UUCGAUAUCUUUCAACUGGAAGGCACAGCUGAUUGCCGGCGCGUGUUGUUUUUUUUUGCUGCUCGCCGCGAAACUGCCAAAGUAAAAACUCGUAGUUUUGCGGAAAAAUAAAUUAACUUGGCCGAAAUGCAGCGAGCACGACUGCUGCAGAGUGUGUGGCUGUGCAGGCAGCGCCUAGGCCAGCUGUCAGGACGCAGCGCUACAUUCGCCAGCCUGCCAUUCCGUUAUGCAACGACGCCAGCGCCGCCAUCCUUGCCUCUGCAGCUGCGAUCCCUGGGAACGGGUGGCGUCCUCAGUGCAGCGGAACGAAGAAGCCGGCGUCCUGCCUCCUUCGAGAAACCAAAAGCAAGCGUUGCGGAUACGUGGACCCAGCUGGAGGCGUACUACCGGCAGCACGAUCUGAUCAACUUUGAGCACUGUCAGCGCCUAAUGGAGCUCCUGCAGCACUCGUCGUCGCCCACAGGAGUCGGCGUCGAAGAGGUGCACUUCCUCCUGGGGUCCUGUGUGCCCGAACUGCUUCCUGCUCAGAGCAGCCAGGCGCGGCUCCAGCUCUUCCACGGCCUCUGGGCUCAACUCAUCCAGCUGGGCCAGCCCACGCUGGCCCAUUACCACACCAAGCUGCAGGUGCUGCGCCAGAACCGCUUGCCUCUGCAGGACUAUCGCUCCUUGUUGGCGGAGAUCGCCGUUUACCAUGGAGCAGCCGAUUCCACCUUGUACGGCGCUCUUUUGGACGUGGCUGGUGCCGCGGGAAACAUGCGCAUGGCCACCGAGAUUCUAUCUGAGAUGCGAGAGCGCAGCUUCGCCCUUACGGAGCACAAUUUUCACGCCCUGCUUCUGGGCCACGCCCGCAGCGGUGACCUGCCCGGGGCGGAGUCCGUCUUGGCCAGCAUGCGGGCCGCAGGAAUACAGCCCGACAGCAGCACCCAGGCCCUUUGGUUCGAGGCUCUGGUAGAAAACGGCCAGGUAGCACAGGCAAAGGAGCUGCUGCAGGCAGAGCACGGAUUCACCGCCCCUCAGCUGCUUCAGAUGCUGCGGGGACUGCUCGCAAGCAAGAAUGUUGAUACGGAGCUAAUCCAACUGCUUGUCAAGGAGCUGCCCCGCGAAUUUCUGACCGGUUUCGACCUGCCGCCCGCUAUCAGAAGCCUAUGCAUUCAGCUGGUGCACCAGGGACGCACCGAAGUCGUCAUCCAGCUCGUGGGUGCGUUGCCCGCUCCGAAAUUCGAGGUCCAGAAUCAGAACGUGGAUGAGUACGGUGCACUGCUGCUGCAGGAGUUCUUCCGCGCCCAUGUCCCGUUGGAGCAAACAAUCCAGUUCGCCGGUCAACUGGUGCAGCGAAACCAGAACGUCCGCGCCCUGCAUUUAGUGGCUGAGUUGGCCCUUCGCCGUCUGCCGUCAUCCGCGCUCCACUGCCUGGAAGUGCUAUCUGCAGCCGGCGAGGAGCUGCGUCCGCACUAUUUCUGGCCCCUGAUCUUGCACCACUACCGGCGGGAGGGCGAAAGCGGCAUGCUUCGCCUGGUGGCUGAGAUGCAGCGCCUGCGCGUAGAGUGCGACGAGGAAACAUUGCGGCACUAUCUGCUUCCCCAUCUGCGCCACACCCUGGCGCAGCCCUUGGAAGCCGUGAAGGCACUUGAAUCGGCGGGGGUGAAGCCUUCCCAGACCUUGUGCCCCGUCGUAAGCCAUUUGCUGCAGCAACAUCAGAUGUCUGAGGUGCUGGACUUGCUGGAGCGGUAUCCGACGCGCUUGGACCUGCCCACGCUUCUCCAGCCACUUUCUUCUCUCGCGGUCAAUGCCCGCGCCACCAAGCGUUUCGAGGUAUUUGGAAAGGUGAUUCAGGCCCUGCAGAAGAAGGCGCUCCAACGGACAGAAGAUUUUGUGGGCUCCUUGCUGCUGCAAAUGACUGGACCUCAAACGCGUCUGCGCCAGGAUCCCGCCUCCUUGCGACGUUUUCUGCAUGAACUUAGACGCCUAGAGCUACAAAUCUCACCUGCUGCUUCCGAGGCACUACUCUCUGUGGUCCGUCACGCCACUGAGGACGCUGACCUAAUCCAGGAUCUGGCCAAAACUAUUCAGACUAUGAAAAACCCACAGCUCGCCUUGCCAGCUGACACGGCCAGCCUCAACGGAGGAUUUAUCAAGCACCCGCGCGACAUGAACAUAGACGAGCUUGAGUGCCACCUGGUCGAGCUGGAGUCCAAGAAGCUGAACCCACGAGGGGUGCUGCGUCGCUUGCUGCAACUCUCGGUGCGCAGCGGUCGCCUGGAACGUGCCAAACAGCUUUUGGCCAAGUGUCAGGCUCUGAAGGUUCAGACGAGUGCAGGAAUGAUGGCCUCCAUCGUGGACCUACACAUCAAGCUGCGUGACUUGCCGCGCGCCCAGGAGAGCUUGGAGCGUCUGAGCAGCACCUAUCCAGCCUUUCAGAUUGAUGAGCACAAGGUGAUCGACUACGCCGCCCUCUUGGUCCAGGGCCAGCAGCUGGAGGCCGCCAAGCAGGUGCUCCAGCGACGCGCGGAGCAGCAUAAGGUCGUCGGUGGCGACUAUGUGAUGAAGAACGUAUGGCAAUUGCUGACCAACGUAGGCCAGUUGGCCGCCUCUUCACCUGCAGGUGGCGAGAGCUCAAAACCAUCUAAUCAGACCCGCGAGUGGCUGGACUUCCUCAGGGGCCUGGGCUACUGUCAAUCGCACAAUGCCCUGCUGGGACCAGUGGUGCGCGAGUGGCUCCUAAAGGGCGACUUGGACGCUGCGGUGGCCGAGUUUCAGCGACUGGCAAACACCCACAAGCACACGCCUCUGCAGUUCGAGCUCCUGUCGCUGCUGGUGCGGCUGGGCAACGGGGACGAGCAGGAGAUGGCCCGCUUUCCCGGCGUCACGGCCGAGUCCGCGCAGCAGCACCUGGCGGCGGUUACCGCGACAGUGAGUCGCGUACACGGGUCGGCCAACAUGAACAGCGCCCUGCUGCUCGCUCUGGCCGAAUCGGGAAAGGAGACGCAGCUGCGCCGGCUGAUCAUCAACCCUGAGUUCCGCAUCAACCACGAACUCCUCGUAAGGAACUGCGAGCACUUGGGACAGGAGGGCGCCGUGCGGACGCUCCUGCGCCUGGCGCGCGGAGUGAGGGGCGUGCAGCGAACCAUCGACGAGCAGAAGAUCUACGACCUGCUGUUGGCCCAAUUCUGCCGCAGCAACGACUACGAGGCGGCGUUGGAUCUCUUUGAGCGGUUGGAGGCCGACGACGAGCUGAAGGUAUCGCACGAGUUCCUGCGCAACCUUGUGCAGCUGCUGCAGGUGAACCAGGUCGAGAUUCCCAGCGCAGUCGCCCUGCGCGCUCACGUUAGAUAGCCGGGCGACGUGAUCGUCGCUCUUAUUCUUAGUUAGACACUUGGUAUGUACGUACAUAAAUGAAUGCAGUAAACACGGGACGCUGUGCCUGCAAGGCUGAA